AUGCCGGUCCUUGAACCGAGUGACGACGGCCAGGUCGCCGCUGUAGACGAACAACACGCCAAGCCGCCGGAGGACGACGCGGUCAAUGCGGUCAACGUCAACGUGGCGCCCACGAUCGAGGAGGCCGUGGCCGCGGCCGCGCAGGCCGAGCCGCACCACGUCGAAGACGUCGCCCUACCGGCCUCCGUGUCCGUUGGGCUCGGCCGGCGCCGCGGGCGCAGCGGCCGCCUGGGCGGCGACAAGGCCGAGGCGGCCAUGGUGCUGCCCAGCUUCAUCUGGGACUACUUCGUCAAGGACGCCAGCGGCAAGUUCGUCAUCUGCACGCUGUGCCCCGCGCAGACCACGCGCUUCGCCUACUCGGGCGGCACCAGCACCAUGAACCGCCACCUGCGCAAGAAGCACCACAAGUACGCGCCGGGCAAGUGCGCGGCCGACUACGAGUACCCGCGCGGCCUGCACCGCCGCCAGCUGCAGCAGCAGCUCCAGAGCCUCGCGUCACCCGCGGGCGGGGCCGUGGCCUCGGCCGCCUCGGCCGGCCUGCUGCUGCCGUCGGACACGGCCGGCGUGCUGGGCAGUCUGUCGCCCGGCGAGCCGCUCGGGGGCAAGCAGCGGCAUCAGCUACUGGAGCUGCGCACGGCCCGCCGGCGCGCGGCCAGUGGAGGCGCCGCGGCGUCAAAGAGGAGGAAGCUCGUGGUGGACCAGGCCGAGCAGGCCGCCGCCAUUGGGGCCGCGGCCAGCGCGACACUCGGAGUUGCGGCCACGGAGUUCGACCCGGCCGGCUUUGUGACGCUGCCCGGCACGACGGCCGGGGCGGCCACGUCGGGCGCACUGCAGUUCCCGGCGGGAUUCGAGCUGAACGAUGCGGCCAUCGAGUUGGACCAGAGGUUCUUCGACUAUUCUACUCUAGCCGGCGCCGGCCCGACUGGCGGAGUGCUGCGCGGGCGGCGACACAGCUCAAGUAUUAGCGGGAAUAGUGGCGCUGGCGCGGUGAACGCCAGUGUGAACAAUGCGACCAACCAGAAGAUCCUGACACAUCGGCUGCUCAAGUACCUGAUAGCACAGUACGAGCCGCUGGACGUCUCGCACAUGGGAACCGAGCUAGGCAUGCUGCUGUUCGGCGGAUCUACGGAGUGGCCCACCCCUGGACUCAACUUUGGCUAUGGCGGGGCGCUCGGAUUCGGCGGCGCCGGCAUGGGUGGCCCCUUGCCUAAACUGCCGUCCGAGGACACCAUCAAGCUGGCGUUGGCCAAUCUGUACUACUCGCAGCGAGAGAUUUUGAAGGAGGUGAUGGCCGAUGUGGAGGUGCUGAGCCUGUCGCUGAAUAAUUGGACGUCUGCAUUUGGACAAAAUGUGCUCACG